AUUCACAAAAAGCUUCCUACUUUAUACAUAGUGCACUAGAUAGGGUGGAAAAGCCAUUACUUCGUUCCCUAUAUGGGGCGCGCUAGUGUAGUGAGGUGGAAGCUGUUUGAGACUGAGCACUAAAAGCUGCCUCAGGAACGAGUCUGUGACACAAACUGAGAUGUGAAAAGAAACUAUGCAGCAACUUGUUGGACAGGACUUUAAAAGUUUCCGUGAAACAGAAUGAGCACCAGAUAUCGCACUUAGUGAAAACAAUGUAGAAGAAGUGCUGAAGACAGAGAGGAGAAAAGGAAACGUCAGCGCUGUCAGACCUGGGCGAAGCUUCGGAUCACAAUCGCCACCUGUCUUUAUUCAGACGCAGGCUGGUUCAUCUUUCCAAAAACUCGUCUCAUCUAAUCUCAUCUCAUCUUUUCCGCAUCUGCUCCGCUCCUGACAUUUCAGCGAUGCGAAGGCGGAAUAACUCGCCCUCUGAAGAGCACCAGAGCUCCGUUACCAACACGCUGCUGAACCGGGGAGCGGAUCUGAAAGAGCAGGGACACAAGGGGAGCCCAGAGACGGAGAAAGCCAUGGGGAGAAAAUGCAGAAGGAGUGGUUUGAUGUGGAGGUUGAGGAGGAUCUUCCUCUGGGUUUUGGGGAUCUACAUUGCUAUUCCAUUCGUCAUCAAGCUCUGUCCUUCUAUCCAGGCCAAGCUGGUCUUUUUAAACUUUGUGAGGGUGCCGUAUUUUAUUGAUCUUAAGAAGCCGCUUGAUCAAGGCCUGAACCACACACACAACUUCUACCUUCAGCCAGAGGAAGGUGUUCAUAUUGGAGUGUGGCACACAGUACCAGCCCUGCUGUGGAAGGAGGCACAGGGAAAAGAAGGAAACUGGUACGAAAGCAAACUCCAGUCCUCUCACCCUGUCAUGCUCUAUCUGCAUGGCAAUGCAGGGACCAGAGGAGGAGAUCACAGAGUGCAGCUCUAUAAGGUCCUUAGUUCAUUAGGCUACCAUGUAGUCACAUUUGAUUAUAGAGGUUGGGGUGAUUCAGAAGGCAGCCCUUCUGAGGGAGGGAUGACUCAGGAUGCUCUCUUCCUCUACCAGUGGCUGAAACAGAGGAUCGGCAACAAGCCGCUCUACAUCUGGGGCCACUCUUUGGGAACCGGAGUGGCCACUAACUUAGCCAGGCGUCUGUGUGACAGAGGAACACCACCUGACGCUGUUAUCCUGGAGUCUCCUUUUACCAACAUCAGGGAGGAGGCCAAGAGCCAUCCCUUCUCCAUGGUUUACAGAUAUCUGCCAGGCUUUGACUGGUUCUUUUUGGACUCCAUCACUGCCAAUGACAUCCAGUUUCCCAGCGAUGAGAAUGUGAAUCAUAUGUCCUGUCCAGUCCUGAUCCUCCAUGCUGAGGACGAUCCUGUCGUCCCUUUCCACUUAGGAAAACAGCUGUACAAUAUAGCAGCUCAGUCUAAGAGCCUGAAUGGACACAAAGUGCAGUUUAUUCCGUUUCCCAGCACUCAGGGCUACAGGCACAAGUUCAUCUACCGCAGUCCCCAGCUGCCUCACAUACUCAGUGAUUUUCUCAGCACAACUCAUCCACACGUAUAGCUGCAAGCGCUACCGGAUUGGCCUCUUUUUCCCUCUCUCACACACACUCCCUCCUGUGUCUGCACUGUGCAGGUACACACAGGCACAUACACACAGGCGCGCACAUACACACAGGCGCGCACACACACACAGGCGCACACACACAGGCACACACACAGGCACACACACCUCCUGUGCAUUCCAUACUUCACUAAAUCACCUGAAGAGCAGAGAACAGCAAGUGAGAGGAUGAGAGGAAGAGAAAUUGAGGAAAGGCAGCUUGAGCACAACAUAUGCAAAGAAAUAUGCAAACCUGCACUGAACAGAAACUGGAUAUUUGUAAGAGACGCACUGCACAAUAGUGUAUAAGACAGUGAGAAAGCAUGUGAUGUAUUUUAUGAAGAUGUCAUUCCCCUCUGCAGCAGCUGCUACUCUACUGAGAUAAUCACAAGUAGAGCUUACUGGACCUUUUAUCCAUUUGGUGUGAACUUUAAUCAUGUAAGAUUUAAAGUGAAUUAAAGUUGUUUUUUUUUUUGUUUUGUUUUUUUUUGAUAGUUCUAAAAUGGCUGUUUUUCAACAAAAUCACCAUGAUGCAUAAUUUUGAAAAAAGAUUCAGAAAUUAAUUUUUUAAAAUCAACCUCCUUAAUUCAUUCUUUUCCAGAUUGCUUGUGAUGACAAUCUCAAAAUUUGAAAAUGUUCAACUCAUCUUUGAAUUUAGUUUCAGUUUAUAAUAACAGUGACACAUAGUUAAAGGUCAUAACCAACUUUCAGUCUUCUUUCCUCCCAUUCACCAACGUUUCUCUGAUUAUACAGGUCUGAUUUUUUUUUUUUAUAUAAUCUCCCUUCACACAUUCCAGACAUUCAGUAAUAUGUCUGAGGUUACUAAAAUUUUGAUCUUUAUUUUUUCUAAAAUGAGAUUAUUUCAACUCCUAUAAUUAACUUACAAAUACGUAAACUUGUGUAACUGCAUCUGAAGAUUUACUGGACAGAAUUACGAGAACCUGCAAAGACUUCAUGAAUAUUUAAGCCAAUAAUAUUAAUAUUUACCAAAAUAUCAAAUAUGUCUAUAGAUGUAUAAAUCUGUUGGGUCAGUUAAUGGGGAUUAUUUAAUUACCUGCUCCCAGGGUUUGCAAAAAAUACUAGAGUAGUGAUACAUUAUUAUCACAAUAUUUGAGUAAUCACGUGGCUUAAAAUUAGCACUAUACAGAUAUAUAACAGAGUUGCACUUUACAUAAAUAACUACACAAAUAGUCCCCUGAUGGCCAUCAGAUGUUUUUUUAACGUAAACAUUAAUACACGUUUUUCUGUUAUUACAAGUCUAUGUAUUUCAUUAGCUAGCUGUAAGGUGAAGCUACUACAUCCACGCAGAAAGCAAUACACUCGCUUUACUGAGCUCGUUUUAACCAAUCAACGUCUCAUGGACUGUGGAGCAAUAAUGUACUGUACUGGUUUAUCAUGACAGUAAUAUCCUGAAUGUGGGUGUUAAAUAGUAUUCAUUAUGAGCCGUAGGUCAACACAACAUUCUGAAUGUAGGCUCAUAGUGUAUGUGUGUGUACAAAUUGUAAAAGCAAUGAGAAAGCUAAUCAUAUUGGAGACAUUUGAAAUCUGGAUUAGACAGAGAUGCAUGUUCGUGGUCUAAUCCAUGUAUCAAGAGGCUUUGGGAUUUAAACAUUCCAGGCCAAUUACAAUGAGCAAUGAUGUUGGGGUUUUAAAAAGUAUUUAAUUUAUGUAAGUGGAUCAUUAGGGGUUAGCUAACAUGCUAUCAUUACAUUUGCUGACUUCCUGUAAGCUUUGAUUUGUUUCGCAGCUUUAGCUUUUCUGUACGAGUAGAUAUCAUUAAAGACCUGCUAUGCACUUCCACUUUAGAAGUUACUUAAAAGUUACAUAACAAUGUAGGCUAAAAGACUGAAGUAGAACAUGAACGGGACCGUAUGAAGUUUAUAUAUAUAUGUAUGUAGGGAAGUGUGUGUGUGCAUGUUAGCUUUAGCAUUACUAGCCUCUGAGUCAUUUUUUUCCACUGAGUGUGCCCUAGCCUAGGUCCAUGUCCCCUACACAUUACAUGUGCAUCCCAAAAGCUAGAGUUCCUAUUACUGUAACUAGCUCAUGACCUGCUUGCUAACAGGCUAAUUAGUAGCUAACAAGAGAAAACAACACACAAGUCCCUAAAGAAACAUGACCCGUUGCUUUUAUGCUGCAUAAACAUAUCUAGCAUUCUGCUUUAUUUUAUUCCACAAACAUUUGUGUUAAAACUGAUGCUUUCUCACAAUGCAUCAUGGGAAUGCACAGUCUCUUAGCCACACAGACCAUAUCACAUGAACCAUUAAAAACUGGCAAGUUAAAUGAAUUUUGUGGAUUCUUGCAUUCUGAAUAUUUCUCAGUGUCUGAUUAUCUAGUUGGACUCUAGCUCCCUGUGUCUGUUUUUUUUUUUCUUCCCUAAGUGAGUGACCAAAGCCUUGAAAAAAUUCAACCGAACCUCUUUUUUUUUUUUUUUUUUUUAAACUUUGUUUGGUAUCAGAUGCAUGUUAAACUCUUCAUAAAACAGUACUAACAAACACAAUUAGUUAUUACAAGGUCUGAAUAAAUUCUUAUUUUCCUGUAAUUUGUAUUAACAGUAUGUCCAGAAAGACUGAGCUACUGAGCUCUCUGCUCAAAUUCCCUUCAGCUGCCUUUGUCAAAGACCAAACAUGAAAUUUGAGCAUAUUUUCAGUCUGUUUUAAAUACUUUUAUGAAAUGUCUUAUUUAAACUGUUACUACUUUUUUUUUUUUUUGCAAAGUAUCAUAUGUGGUUUACAGUUUUUGUUUUGUUUUUAAGCUGCUAAACCUUACUGUACUACUGGACACAUAAACAAGACUAUGUACAGUCUAUCUGUUUGUACAUAAUAAAGGACUGAACUCACAA